AAUUUCCCGCCGCUAAGAUGCAGCCGGAGUUCAGCAGCAGAGCCUGCAUGUGAGGAUCAACGUGUUUAAGUGGACUCUGUUUAAACUUUCGGGAUGUUUCACCUCAGACUCAUCUCCUGUUAGCCAAGAAUGCUAAAGGAAGUUAGCUUGUUAGCAGGAAGUAGCCGGAGCCGGAGCUCGGCCUCACAGUGUGUAUUUUAUCAGAGUGAGCUGCGUGUCUGUAACGGAGUGUGUCUGGAGGAAAAGCUGCUGUAAACAUGUCUAAAGUCCAAACGCUGAGAGCUUUUGUCCAGCAGCGACUAAGUGCGGCUGCUGAAGAGAUAUUUGAGCUGUUUGAAAGAACGAUAGCAGAGUACGAGGAGGAACUUUGUGGACAACGCAAACUACUGGACGCUGUUUUCAAGCCUGAAGUCCGGUUACACAGAGCAGACGUCCAGCUGCUGGUGAGUAAAGAAGAGGUUCCCCCUGAACAGCAGGAGUUGAGCCCCACCAUGGACCAGGAGGACCCACCAGAGCCCACACACAUUAAAAGAAAGUGGAGCUCUUGCAUGGACCAAGAGGACCCACCAGAGCUCCCACUCAUUAAAGAGGAGUGGAGCCCCAUUCUGGACCAGGAGGACCCACCAGAGCCCCCACACAUUAAAGAAAAGUGGAGCCACAGUUUGGACCAAGUGGACCCACCAGAGCCCCUACACAUUAAAGACGAACAGGAGGAACUCUGGACCAGUCAGGAGGGAGAGCAGCUUCGAGGGCUGGAGGAGGCUGAAAUCAACAAGUCCCCUUUCACUCCUGUCCCUGUGAAGAGUGAAGAAGACAAUGAAGAGAAACCUCAGUCCUCACAGCUUCAUCAAAGACUAACUGAGCAGAUGGAAACUGAUGGAGAGGGCUGUCGAGGACCAGAACCAGCCAGAAACUCGGAUGCAGAUGGACAUUUACAACCUGAGAUUGAUGACAAUAUGUCCCACUCUGAACCUGAGACUGAUGACAGUAGUGAUUGGGAGGAGACCAGAGAACCUCAGUCAGGUUCAAACUCACUGCAAAACAAUGAGGUACCUGGACGUGAUCAGGAAUGUAGUACUGGAACAACACCAAGUAGCUCCUCUGAAUGUGCUGCAAGCUCUGGCCACAAGGAACACGAUGAACUCCAAACAGGAGAUAAAGCAUUGAGUUGCUACGUUUGUGGUAAAACCUUCCUCCGGAAAAACACCUUAACUGAUCAUAUGAGACGUCAUCCAGUAAAAAUCAUUUACAGCUGCUCAGUUUGUGAAAAAACUUUCAUUUCCGAAAGCAGUUUGUCCAGUCACGAGAGAAGCCAUGCAGUGGAGAAGCCAUUUUGUUGCCCGUAUUGUGGUAGAAGAUACAGCAAGGAGAAGUGUUUGAUGAGUCAUUUAGAAGAAAAAUAUUUAAGAUGCUCAGUUUGUAAAGAAACUUUUCAAUGCAGACAAUAUUUUGUGAAGCACAUGGAAGGCCACAAAAACGGGAACAAAGGAUACGGCUGCAGUGUUUGUGGCAAAAUAUUCUCUAGGUGGUCCCAGCUCAAUAGCCAUCAGUGUGUUGUUUUGGAGGAGACCAGGGACCGUCAGUCAGGUUCAAAGCCUUCACAAAACAAUGAUGUACCUGGACGUGAUCAGGAAUGUAGUACUGUAAAAACACCAAGUAGCUCCUCUGAAUGUGCAACAAGCUCUGGCCACAAACCCCAAACAGAAGAGAAACCAUUUCGUUGCUCAGUAUGUGGUAAAACAUAUGUUCUGGAGAACACCUUAAAGAAACAUAUGAGACUUCAUUCAGAAACACAGUUUUACAGAUGCUCAAUUUGUAAUCAGACUUUCAUUACCGAAAGCAGUGUGUCCAUACACGAGAGAAGCCACACUGUGGAAAACCCCUUUAGUUGUUCUGUCUGUGGCAAAGGAUUCACACUAAAGGAAGAACUGAGGCGACACAUGAAAGCAGGGCUGCACUUAACAGUUGUUUCUUAAUCCGUAAAUCUAAACAUUAUUUCUGUCUUAGUUCAUUAAAGGUGGAGUAAGUUAUUGUAAUACAAUACAUGUCUUUUUGACAGAUUUAGUUAAUAUCUCCUCAUGAUCCGUUAGCUGUCCGUUCUGUGUGUGAACGAUGAAAACAGAUCCGGUGUACUCAGCCAUUUAUGGUCUGAUGUGCCGGCUCUUGGAAUCUCGUCCUCUCAGCAUGUUGGCUUUAAGUUCGCUUUUGCAGCUGCAACUGUAAUGACAGUAUGCUAAGAUACAAGUUAGCUAACGUUAGUUACAUUAAUUUGUCAUGUAAUUAGACUUGUCCAGAGUUGCUUACUCCGCCUUUAAUACGUCACUGCUUUGUUAUGAUAAUAAUAUUAAUAAUCAUAAACUGUGUGUCAGAUGCCAGAUCUGAAGAAUACUGGACCUCAAAUGUAUAAGGACUGCUGUGAUACAGAUUAAUGUAAUCCUGUAGGUCCUUGAAUUUGAAAAUCAUUUGUGAAAUAUAAGACUAAUGUAAAAUUACAUUUUGCUUUCCACCACUCACUAACACAUCAGCUGCUUUGUUUAGUAGCUUCAUGGGUCAUGUGUCUUUCUUUCAGUCCUGAUCCAACCUGGAGGGUUUGAUGUCCGUCCCAGUCUUCCAGCCUCUUUAGUUUUCUACUUCAGAGUGAAGCUUUAAAGCCUCAUUUACUUUAAUGAUGAGCUACAAGUCAGUCAGACUGGGAAAACGGGAUAAAGAUUUAUUUUUAGGAGAUUUUUGAAACAAGUCAGUGUUUGACUGGAAGUAGUUUUAAUAUUUUCCUGACAUGUUUUAAUUUCUUUUUAAAAAAUGUUUUUAAAAGCUUGAUAAAAGGAGUAAAUGAGUAGAUAACAUGUUUAAGGAUUUAUUUUCUGUUGAUUUAUGAUGUGAAUCCAUUGUAAACUUUCUUGUAAACCAUUAGAAGUUAUAAAUAGAUUUCUUGGGAAGUCCUGAUCAUGUUUUUUUGCCCCCGAUCCGAGUCAUUUAAUAUUGAGUGUCUGCCAAUCCCGAGACCCAAUCUGGCAUUUUCCUAGAUAAUACAGUUGCACAGUAAACACUUAGGUACAUUCAAUUAAAUUUCUCUGUCCUUU